UAGUCCUGGCCGUGAGUACAGAGAGCCGCGUCGGCAGCUAUACAGGAUAAAUAGGGUUGGCGACGUAUCGAAUGACCGAAGACACGCUAUGGCCUAGACAGCUGUUGUUUACGCCGCCUUACGGCACACGAACACACAAAGAGGGGGAUGGUAGAGGAUGACACCGAUCGCCGAGAGAGCCGAUCCUGGCUGCAAUGUUCAUUCCCGAGUGCGUUCUCGGUGUACCUCACUGCGCAGGUCCCUCGGAUGCGUACAGCAGGUGAAGGGACUGAGGAAGGGAAUCCCUUGAGUCAAGUGUCAGACCUGGGUGUAUGGCUGUGUGUGACCAAGUCACAGGAUUCAAGAUUCGAAUCCACCCUGGAGGCAGCAAAGUCCUUUUCGCUUGUAAAAGGCAUUUCCUCGGUUUAGGUGUUCCUCUGCAUUUCCCAGCUUACCCAAAGACCUUUUUCUAGCAAUAGUGAACUUGUAACAGGAAUUGGUGUUAUCCGUUUAUUCAAAAAGGUAUUUGUCAAGCUUUUGUAGCGCUUCAAUGCCUUAAACCAAGACCCCACGGAUUACAAUAGCAUUCUUCGAGCUGGGUUGCGAACCGGUAAUCGACCACCACACACCUAGAAGCGCCAUCCGCAUUUGGUGGCAUUUGGGUAUUGAUUUUUGGCAAGCAUUUUCGCUACAGCCACCACUUUGCAUCUUCGUUGCGUUAUAUUCUGAGCACAGGUUCUCUGAUAAGAAAACGACCAUCGGUGUGUGGCUGUUGCGUUGGGGCGUCGACUUGUUGGUACUCGAUCUGGUGACUGGUGCCAAAAGUUUUGUUUUUUAAUACCAUAAAUACCACCCGUGAGGGACACUUUUGGCACUUUUGGGUGUAAUUGGGUGUGACCACCUGCCAUCAGCGAAAUCGUCAUCACGAGUGUUAUAGGCCAGCUCACCGACCGAGAUGCGGGACAUCGCGGCUCGGAUCUGCCGUGACUAUCUGACCGGAGCGUGGAAAACGAUCUCGGCGGAGGAGCUGCAGCUGAGGCGCAUCAGUGGCGGCCUUUCGAACUUCCUGUACUACGUGAGCCUACCGGAUCACCACUACUACAGCCACAACAGUAGCGUCCAGUCACGAUCGAAUGCAAGCUCCCCGAGAGGUUCCAUCAGCGGACCGGACCAUCAAGGCGUCAUCACGAAUACCAGCACGAAGCUGAAGUCGUCAUCAAACGGAGGGAAUAACAAGCGUGCUCGCAAGGACAGCUACACGGCAUGUUUGCCAGAGCCGAAAGAGGUACUGCUGCGAAUCUAUGGACAAACGCACGGUGAACAUGCACUGGAAACGAUGUUGACGGAGUCGGUCGUAUUUACGUUGCUCUCGGAGCGCAAGCUUGGCCCCAAGCUUCACGGUAUUUUCCCGGGCGGGCGCAUCGAACAGUACAUUCCUGCCCGGGCACUGCUGACGGCUGAGUUGGGUGAUCCGAAGAUUUCGCUCAAGGUAGCGGAACGGAUGGCCGCCAUUCACACCAUGGACAUACCGGUGUCGAAGGAACCGGAUUGGCUGUGGGCAAAGAUGGCCGGCUGGCUGAAGGGUAUUGCCGGUACGCUCGAAACGAUGGAACGUGAUCGGGCUAAUGGCAAUGCUAACACGUCGCCAACCGCCGGUGGCUUCGGUGACGGGCAUACGAUGCUGGACAUACUGGCCGAGAUCGAUCUAGCGGCCGAGGUACAAUGGUUACGAUCGUUGAUCUCGAGCGAAGACUUUCCUGUGGUGUUCUGUCAUAACGAUCUGCAGGAGGGUAACAUCCUGCUGCGUCAGGAUGAACCAUCAUCAAUGGCCAACUUUGAGUGUAAUCCGAUCGAAGCGUUUGAUGAGUCGACCCAGCUAGAUUCCCAUUUCAGUGGUAUCCUCAUAUCGAGCGGUAUCGUACCGACAAAUGCAACGGAACCAUUAUCGCACGGGAAUCAGUCCGCUACGAUCAGUCUCAACUCGAGGAACUCUAGAAAGCGAUCGCUCGAACAAGACCACAUGGAGAACAGUGAUCUCGACAAUACGCGUGACUCGGUAUUGAGCGGCAACUCGCAGCCCCUCUCGGAACCAGAAGCCGGCAGCAACACGGAUGGUACGCCGGAAUUGAUGAUCAUCGACUUUGAGUACUGUGCCUACAAUUACCGUGGUUUCGAUCUAGCGAACCAUUUCCUCGAGUGGACAUUCGACUACACAAAUCGCGCCUCCCCGUACUUCUACCACAAGCCUGACCAGUAUCCAACUUAUGAGCAACAGGAAAAGUUCAUCAUCCAGUACUUGACUCAUUUAUCGUGCCCGGGAGAUGCUCGUACCAACAAAACCGAUGAGGAGGACGAGGACGACCUGGACGAACAGGAUCGAGUGUCGGAAACUGGUAGCAGCACUAUGGACGAGGUAGAGCAGAUACGCCGCGAAGUGCAGUGCUUUACGAUGGUUUCGCAUCUUUUCUGGAGCCUCUGGGCUAUCGUUAAUGUGUAUCAGCAGAUCGAGUUUGGUUAUAUGGAGUAUGCCGCGUGCCGGCUAAAGCAGUACCGUUUGGCAAAGAAGUUCUACACCGAGAUGAUGAUGGGAACCGGUAGUGGCAGUGAUGGCUCGCACAAGGCACCGUCCGUUGAUCCGGAGAAGUAAGGUGCGGAGUAUAUUGUCGACUCUACGCUGCCACUCCAUGAUUACGAUAGUACGCCUUCAUCAUGGCUCUUCGUCUCCGGAAAACUGAUGUGGAAUCUCUGCUCUCCAGGAUGCCCUUCGCUGGUUUGCGAUGGCAACUCAAUUGGCUGUUAUUAGCUUGGAUAAAUGUAAGGCUGGCAUCAUAGGCAGUUUAACUCUAAACUAGGGCCACUGGCAAGUGUGCUGUGAUUGGAUCGGAUCGGAUAUUACAGACAGCCAGGAAAUUCAACCCAAAUGCACUCGUGGAUUGUUUUGCAAUACCAUCAGUUUAUAGGCAGUAUUAGGUUAGACCAUUGCUAGGGGGGAUAGUUUAUUGAAAAAUUCUCUAUAUGUCUCCAAUCGGAGGGAGCGCCGUUCUUUAUUUAUUAACAUACCAGCCUGUAGUAUAACCAGUGACUGAACCCGCAAAACUGCAAUCGAGACUCUGGGAACCUGGAACCACAUAAUUGCUGCUCUGUGGCAGUUUAAAUGUAGUAAGCGUUAAUUGUGAGCUGCUACUUGCCCAGAAAGGCACGAAUACGCUUGACGAGAAAAAGGCGAAAGCCAAACUAAACCAAAACCCGGCCAAUGAGGCCCCCCAAAAAUGAAAAAAGAAUGGAAGGUGAUAGAACAAAGCAGCAAUAGGAAAAGGAACAAUGAGAACAACAUAUUUUUGCGAUUUUAAUUAAAACGACCUGUGUUUAAAAUUAAGUUAAUGACCGAUAAGCAUCUAAGAGAACUAGGAUUUAAUAAAAAAAAGUUUUUUGUUUCUCGUGACCGAGACCAAUACUUUAACGAUCACCGCCACUCUCUGCUGUAGGAGUUUCUAGUUGCCACGUGAGCCGCCAAAGGCAUUAGAUGUUUAAUAGUAGGUAGUAGUAGGCCAAACUCAGCAUGUUCUAUGCUAUAGUGACCAUUCCAGCGUAUGUGUGUUGUGCUGUUAGUGUGAUUCUGGGUCAAGGUUGAACAGGGUUUUCAUAAUGGACCACAUAACGGGAAGUGGAUACGAGGGAUUUAAUGGAUUUUUGAUGUUAAAUCGGGAACGCGAACUUUGACUGAGACGCAGUAUGUAACGAAUACGAGAAGUAGUUCACGCUCACCGACACGCUGGGAAUGUAGCGUGCCCAAAAGGCAGGUGGCAGUUCCUCCUAUGGUGCCUCAUUACGAAAAACAUUAAACAUAUCAUAAAUGUAAUGAGAGCUCUACUACACAUCGAUGAUGCACAGGCGAUACUUGCCUGUAUUAGCAUCCUGCACCUUAUCUCAAUGCUCGCCGCACCGAAAAUUCGAUUCGAUAGAAAUUAAUUAAUGGCACGACUUACGGAACGAUGGUCAGCGGUAGAUGAAGGAGAGGCGAGAUUUUAGAGAAAAACUGAAGUGACUGAAGAUUGAAAGCACUGUCUCUCCGCUAGUCUUUCAUAAAAUGAUCCUUAUUCAAAUGAUACAAAUUCCGUUAACAGUAGCAAAAGUGAGAAUUAUAACAGCUUUGCGUAAUCGGCUAAACAUGACUCCGUGAUAAGUAGAGAUGGUGGCGUCUAUUAAAUGAUUUCUCCUGUAAUAGAUAGGUGUAGGUGGUUGAAGUGGCGAAUGGAAAGCUCACUCGCAUCCAUAGGGUUUUCUCUCCAGUGGUAUGUUGGUACGUUGUGAAUGUCCUCCGUGUAAUUGUAUGGUUUCCCGUGAUAUUGGUAAUGUUUGAAUGGUAGUAAUAUCUUUUCAUAGUUAGCGCUAGAUCAUCCAAAUUUGAUCGAUCCAUUGAUCCAAGACAAAAUACGCAAGAACAAACACACAAAUACAUGUACUAAGCUAAUAAAGAAAUGCAUGCUCGGCUCAUCUUA